GAGUGAACGAGAGAAAGCAGAGUUUGCAGACAACCCUUGGAUAGGAAGACCCUACUGGAACUGACUGCAUAACCAAGCGUCGCUGAAAUCGUCUGCAGAGAAGCCACAAAGUAAUCUGCGCUGUUCUAUUUUUAGAAAUCUUCUUCCUUGUGCUUAUGUUAGUGUUUUUUUGUGUAAGCUAUUUCUCUGUGAAAUAAGAGUAGUCUUUCAAGAGCUGCCUUGCAAAUGAUUUCUCUUCCGUCUUUCUGGAACUGUGUAGUAAAUGUCAGAGUAUUGAACCCCAGAACGGAUAACUGUAACUUAAUCAACAACUUCGUUUUUCCAGAAUAAUACACAAUAUCGAUUGACGCAAGCGAUUGAAACUGUCAGGCGCUCAUGUUGAAGUGAGGAUCAGCUCAAAGGAUAUCCCAAACUUAUUACUGUUCGUUCGGUCUUGUUCCAAUGGAUUCCUGAAAAGGGGCGUACCAUAAGCAAGGAGAACCAGACAUUGCGCGCCGAUCAUGCUACAACAUGGACGCAUUAUACUGUAAAGUUGACUUGCUACUGGAACUCGAAAUGCAUGUGAUAGAAUAAGAAUAGCAUUAUUUAUUUGAUCUGAUUAGAUAUGUGUAUGUGCAUGUUUUAAUCAAUUUGUUCAAGAAAACAGUAUUUCCACUUUAUUUUAUUUGAGGCUAUAUGCCAUUCGGAAAUACUGUUUGAUUUCAUGUAUAUAUUUUUUUGCAGGGCUGGAACAAGUGUUGCUAUGCAGGUAAUGCGCUGUAGCAAUAUGUUAGAGAUGCAAUUUAUCGUCUGAUACCAUAUCUAAUUUUAGGGGAUAUCUUGUAGGUCGUCUCAACCAACCAUUGGAAAUGUAUUUUGCGUAAACAGCUUGCUGGGUAUUAGGCUAUAGCACCAUGAUGGCAAACGAGAAUCCUUAUAACAGUCGCUUUAUUGUUGAAAAAUACAUACAUCACAAACUGUUGAAGAAGGGAUUUGUAUGGGGAUUUAAUCCAGAAAACGAUUCCCCAAAUAAUGGUUUUGGGGAGCCCUCUCCCCCUAACUCCCCCGAAGUUUUUGCACGGAGGUCCCAACCCUCCGCUGAAGGCGUGGACACUGACUCUCCACUCCCAAACAGGAUCCAGCAACCGGACCGACAUGCCCGGCUCCAUAGGGUGCUGCGCGAGGCGGGGGACGAGAUUGAAAUAAUGUAUCAGCGGGACUUUGCAGAGAUGUCGGGGCAGUUGCAUUUUACGCCCAGUACGGCACAGAGAAGGUUUACUGCUGUUAUAGAGGAGCUCUUCAGCGACGGUGUAAACUGGGGUCGGAUUGUGGCUUUCUUUGAGUUUGGAGGGACAAUGUGCGUGGAGAGCGUCAACCGGGAGAUGACGUCCCAGGUAGACAACAUUGCCCAUUGGAUGACAGAGUACCUGAACGGACCCCUGCAGAACUGGAUCCAGGUGAAUGGUGACUGGGACGCCUUUGUGGAGAUCUAUGGGCAGCAGAGGAUCUCUGUCUUCCACUCCUGGCCCUACCUAAAGACGUGGUUCGGCCUGGCCGCCCUGGGUGCAGCCGGAGUCACCAUUGGAGCCUUGUUCAUCCAGAAGUGAUAUAAAAGACCCCAGAGAACCUUUCCCCUCCCUCUCGCCUCUCCUACCAGGUUCUUACCCAGUAGCCCAAAAAAUAAAGGCAAACAGCACUUUUUUCCCUUGAAAAACUGGCGACCUAUAACUUUGCUGUGCACGGACUACAAUAUUUUGUCUCUCGUUCCUCGCUUUUUCUUUUCUCUUUGAAAGCACCUCACAGCUCAGCACUGCCCAUCCCGGGCCUGUAGCCCGGUUCAAUCCCAGAGCUGCCAGAUCUUCAAAGGAGACCGCACCGCUCUGUUGCUCAUUUCAUACUCCAUGACCCGUCCUCUUGCGUAUUGAAAAGAUGAAAAAGAAAAACAAGUAUACAAAUCAAUCACACGGAACGCAACAUGUUUUUUCUGACAAAUGCAGCCUUGUAUAUUCAUACAGACUUACAGAUGGAUUCACCCAUGCGUACUGUAUACUGACAGCUACCAACAGGGAAUAUCCUUGGAAAGAUUGCAUACACAAUUUCUUGAUCAUUUUAUACUAAUGCAUAAACACAUACCAAUGGGUAGAUACUGAAUGUUGCAGGCAAACAUAUUCACACAAUCUCGUGUGUGUGCUCUAACAAUUAAACAAAUGACUUUUAUGAUGUAUGGGUAAUGAACAUAAGACAAGUGAUUGUUUAUUCAUAAACUGAAAAACAAGAUUUUCUUUCUUUUUAAUUACUAUUUUCAGCAUGAUUCUGUGGUAUAUGUAGCAUGUAACAUUGACAGAAAAGUUAAAAAAAUAAAAUAAAAAAAAACAUCCCAAAUGUACUGUACAUACAGCUUCCAUCGCCAGCAUGAGUGGUGAAAGUGGUCGUUUUUGCCUGAGUGACCAUUUAUGCAUGAUGACUUUUGAUGACAGGAAUUAUUGGUUUGUUUUUCUAGUUUGGGUGGUGAAGGCUCACUGUGCACAAACCCCCAAGGGAACUUCAAUCAAAUCCAAUAGAUGUGAGAAUUUCCUAUUAAAGUUCUUGUCUCUGA